ACAUUUAGUAGGCGAGAUUCGUUCGCCGCAUCGAUUCGUUACGAGAUAAUUGUUCCCCGAAAAUUUUCUUUGACAUGGAAAAAUUGUCACGCGUGUGAUAGUGACUUUGUGUGACGUAUAGAGGCUGAUGGCGAUAUGAACUGUGCGUACUAUCAGCAGCACGGGGCGCCGCACCCGGCACCCCAUAAUGUCAAUAACAAUUACUUCAACGAGGUUAGUAUCGACCCCGUGACCGCGGAUCACAAGGAUAUGAAGAUAUUAGAACAUCCGAGCUUACGCGGUACGCCUCUGGCGAUGCUAGCGGCACAAUGCAACAAACUGUCAAGUAAAUCUCCCCCUCCACUGGCUGAUGCAGCCGUGGGCAAGGGGUUCCACCCGUGGAAGAAGAGCCCGGGCGCGCACUCGCCUCCUGGCGCUGGAGCCGCGCCGCGCUCGCAGCCGCCAGCCUGCUCACCGUACGGCCGCGGGCCCACCUCGUGCGCUGCGGCGCCCUCCUACGGCAAUGAUCUCUACUUCCCGUCUUCGGGAGAUCAGCUCCUCGGUAAAAGUGAAUCCAGUGCAAGCCUCGGCUCUAUGUACUCGCGGCACCCAUAUGAGUCGUGGCCUUUCAAUGUUGGCGGCGGUGGAGGAACUGGUGCUCUCAAAGCAGCUGAAAUGAGUGGCGUAAGUGCAGUUGGCAGUACUUGGUGGGACGUGCACAGUGGCUGGCUGGACGUCGGUGGGCAGAUGGCAAACUACGCCGGCCAGGACUACUCACAACUGACACAUUCGCUCUCUGGUGGUGCACACUUACUGCCCCCCGCACCACAUCUGUUACAAGACGCGUACAAGUCUGUGCUCCCAACACAAGGAUCAUUUGGCUUGCACGCCCCUGGCUCGCCAGCGCCACCUGCACAAGCACCGUCUCCGAGAUCACAACGGCGAUACGCUGGCCGAGCUACUUGUGAUUGCCCUAACUGUCAAGAAGCAGAGAGACUCGGGCCUGCUGGGGCACAUCUAAGAAAGAAAAAUAUACACAGUUGUCAUAUACCCGGUUGCGGAAAAGUUUAUGGAAAAACGUCCCACCUUAAAGCUCAUCUCCGCUGGCACACUGGCGAGAGACCGUUUGUAUGUAACUGGUUAUUCUGUGGAAAAAGAUUUACUCGCUCAGACGAACUGCAGCGACACCUACGGACACAUACGGGUGAAAAACGAUUUGCGUGUCCUGUGUGCAAUAAGAGGUUCAUGAGGUCGGAUCACCUCGCGAAGCACGUGAAAACUCACAACGGUGGUAAAAAGGGUAGUUCAGAUUCGUGCUCAGACUCGGAGGAGAACAGUCAGGGCGAGGGCGGCGCAGGCGGGCGCUCGCCGGAGCACGGGCUGGACGUGAAGCCGAGCUCGCUGGUGUGACGGGGGCGCGCGGCGCUCGCGCACCACGCCCCGCCGCUCCUGUGAUAGCGCGCCUCGCCGCCGCCCGCUGUACAUACCACAUAUCACUACACUGUAACAUAGGACCCACACGUGUAACUAGAGACAAUGCGCCGCUCGACGCGACACCACGUGUACGUAUUUGUUGUGAGACUUAAAGUGUUGUACAGUAUAGAUACUAUUAAAAAUAAAUAAUUAUCUCAUAUUAUAGUUAGAUAUUAUAUGUUAAAUUAGUGUAAGUAGAAUCACUCUUUAGUCCAAAAUUGCAGAUUAAUUUAUUGAAACAAUACCUCAGCAUGUUUCAAAAGGAAUCGUUUAUUUAUUGUACAUACAGAACUAAGCAAAUGUAUAAUUUACUUUUCUCAUAAACAACUACAAUGAUCAUAGAUUUAAGACAUUAUGUACAUUGGACUUAAAUGUAACAUUUCAUCUGUGAAAGUGUAAAUGCAUGUUAAUAUAGUCUUCGAAUUGACAAUCAGUAAACGCUUGAAAACUGUGGAAUAAUGCUAAAUGAGUUGGGUUAAUCGGUGGCGUAUUUUGUACGGAAUGUGUAUGUAUAAUAUAUUGUACAUAAGCAAUCGUAACAUACGUAUUACUUACCGAUAUUUUGACUUACAGCUCUAGAUAAUUCUGUAAAAAUAAACUUAUGCGAAAUACCACCUUAAACCCAUCCUUUAGCGUUGCAAUUUGCCGAACUGACUGAAACUGUAAAGGUUGUUCAUGAGAAAAGUACCUAUCUACCUAGACUACUUCUAUAAAAUGUUCGCUGGAUAUAUGUUUUAACAAAUAAUAGUCUAGUAAAACAGUUACUGCAUAUAUUUUGUUCUAUAUCGUUGGCCUUGCGUCCUCAAAUCGAAAUUGUUCGAUAAUUAAAAUGUUAGCUUGAAAAUCUUGUAUUUGUAAAAUGUAUAUUGUACAAAAUUGUGCGAAUUAAAAAAAUG